AUGGAUGCUCUCGGAGUCCAGCUAAGCUCAGGCUCCCUCACUUCUUCCGUUGCCGCCUCUUCUCUACUCAGUCAACCCCGUCCUCCCUUCUCCUCGUUGCAGCUAGGCCGUGUCGGCUCGUCUCCGGCGGUCGGAUCUGUCUCGGCGAAGGAAACCUGCACGGCUGACGAGCUUCACUACGUUCCUGUUCCCAACUCAGAUUGGCGCGCCGCUCUCUGGAGAUAUCUUCCUUCCCCAAAGGCACCGAAGAGGAAACAUCCUUUGCUUCUAUUGUCUGGGAUAGCGAGCAAUGCUUUCACCUACGAUCUUUCCCCUGAGUGUUCCUUUGCAAGGUUCAUGUCUGGUUCAGGUUUUGAUACAUGGAUUCUUGAACUACGUGGAGCUGGGUUGAGUUCUCUUAAUGCUGAAUCCAGAAAGGACGAGCAGCAGAUAGUCUCAGACCUAUUGGAGAAUGUUAUAAACGUAUCUGAGAGGAUGGAAAAUGUUCUUGAUGAAGGUUUCAAGUUCCUGGGGCUGCAAGAUCGUCUAUCCAAGAGAGUGGGAGAUUUCAAGCAGAGGCUUGAAGUUUUCCCUCGUUACAAUUGGGAUUUUGAUAACUAUCUUGAAGAAGAUAUUCCUUCUGCGAUGGAGUAUGUGAGGACUCAAACCAAGCCAGAAGAUGGGAAAUUGUUAGCCAUUGGUCACUCAAUGGGUGGUAUGUUGUUAUACGCCAUGCUCUCAAGAUGUGGCUUAAAAGGAAUGGAUUCGGGGUUGGCUUCUGUCACCACCAUCGCAUCAACAUUAGAGUACUCAUCCUCAGGAACACUCCUCAAGUACUUAUUACCCAUGAAAGAACCGGCUCAAGCACUUAACGUGUCUGCCUUACCGAUUGAUACAAUGCUCGAGAUGGCUCACCCUCUAAUUUGUCGUCCUCCAUAUGCUUUGUCUUGGUUAACCACUAAUAUCUCUGCUCCUCAAAUGAUGGACCCUGAAGUGAUUGAGAAGCUUGUUUUGAACAGCUUAUGCCCAGUACCAGCUAAGCUUCUAUAUCAGCUAGCAACAUCCGUGGACAAAGGAGGGCUGCGUGACAGAACCAGUAGUUUCUAUUACAAGGAUCAUAUCAGCACAACCAAUGUCCCUAUUUUGGCACUUGCAGGGGACUGGGACAUAGUCUGCCCUCCUGAUGCAGUAUAUGAGACUGUAAAGCUGAUCCCAGAACAUCUAGCUACUUACAAAGUUUUUGGUUCACCUGGAGGUCCACAUUAUGGCCACCAGGAUAUGAUCUCUGGUCGAACGGCCCGGAGCGAAAUAUAUCCAUUGAUUAUUCAAUUUCUUCAACGCCAUGAUCAGAGUUGAGAUCAACGAAUUUUCAAAUGGAUUUUGAUUCUUGUUUUUCUGUAAAAGAAGGUACAUAUAACAUUCCAUACAUUUAUGUAUACAUAUCUUCACACAUUUAGCAGGUUUAUACUGGGAUCUCAAAAGCAGUAUUGUAAAAAAUAAUAUUAAAGUUUUAUAAACAUCUUUCAUUGA